AUGUCAUUACAGCGGGAGCCAGACAAGCAGUUUCGGGUUGGUGUAAUAGGCGAUGAUGGUGUAGGUAAGUCAUCCUUUAUAUUGUCCUCCAAAUACGGUAUUUUUGAGUCGAAUUUUGGGUCUGCAGACACAACAUGUGUUUUUAACUUCGAGGUUCGCACGCAGAAGUUUUCGCUCAACGCAUACGAAGUCGAUUGUAGUGACACGUACGCCGAACUCCGCACGUUGAGUUACAGAGACGUCGACUGCUUUGUCGUCUUAUUUUCGUAUGACAGUAAGGAGUCCCUCAUCCACGCUGAAAGAAAGUGGCUGAAGGAAAUCAAAGCGAGUCUUACAGACCCACUUGUCAUCUUUGUCAUGACCAAGCAAGAUUUGGCUCAAGAAAAGAUCAGUGAAGAAAAGAAGAUAGUAACUGAGGAAUACCUUGAAGCGAUCAGAGUCAAGCCCGAAUUCAGGUUUAUGUUCCAGUGCUCCUCAAAGUCCCCAGAGAGCAGUAAAGAGGUUUGGACGAAGAUCGCAGAGACAAUUUUUGAACAGAAAAAACCAAAGAGAAAAAGAAAGUUGUCGACGACGGAGAAGAUUAAAAGCUUUUUUAUGUGA